AAUGAAACUAAUUCAAAAGCAGCAAAGCAAACAAGCUAUCGGAAUAUAUCUACUGAUCGUACGAAACGCAAAUUGUCGUCGAGUCGAGAAAAUUGUGAAAUUGUGCGCAUUUAAAUUGUAAACUGAAAGUAAAAAAAAAUCCGUGAACGCCAUUUAAAAACGGAGAAUUGUGUGUGGAAUUGUAUUGAGUUACAACAACAAACCAUGUUAGUCUGUUGGAAAUGUAUUUUUCUAGUAUUAUGUACAAUAUUCAUACAAACAAUGGUGGUUUUGAGUACAAAUGCACCGUUGCCGGCUAGAAAAGCCCAUCUAGCCGGCAUAAGUCCUAGGGCAACAUUAGGACUUUUUGAUAAUCUAUGUGGUAAAAAGGACAACAACAAGGCAUGGACACAAAAGCUAUUGGCGAAACGCGAGGCGGUGCCACAUUCGGCGCCCUAUAUCGUAUCAAUACAACGCAUGACACCAGAUGACGGCCUCGUACAUUACUGCGCAGGCACUAUAAUUCACGAGAACUGGAUAUUAACAGCAGCUCACUGCCUCACUUCAGAUGAAACAGUGGAAAACUCCAUCAUUGUUGCCGGCUGUCAUGAUCUGCGCGGCACCGAAGAAGGCGACUGUGUGCAGGUGCGCACAAUUGAUCAUUAUGUGCGACACGAGCUCUAUCUUGGAGGCAUUAAUCCAUAUGACAUUGCGCUCAUCUAUACUAAACGACCGUUACAAUUUACAGAGCAUGUGCAACCGGCACAUUUGCCAGAACAGGAUGUGCUGCCAGAGGGUAGUGGUACACUUUAUGGUUGGGGUAAUAUUUCUAUGACACUGGUGCCCAAUUAUCCACAUCGCUUGCAGGAAGCUGAUAUGCCCAUAUUGGACAUGGAACUAUGUGAACGGAUAUUAGCCGCCUCUGGUUUGCAACUGCACGAGACUAAUUUGUGCACAGGUCCACUAAAUGGAGGAGUCAGUAUCUGUACAGCUGAUUCAGGUGGCCCUCUGAUGCAGCCUUGUUGUGAUGGUUUCGAGGAAGGUUACACAGUUAUUGGCAUAGUAUCGUGGGGUAAAAUGCCUUGUGGCCAGAAGAAUUCUCCAUCUGUAUUUGUGCGUGUUUCAGCGUUUACGCAUUGGAUUAGUAAUAUUAUCACGACGGUAACACAGUUCGAAUAAACAUAAGCGAAUAAUUAAGGAGAGAGAAUUUGGAGAAUGCUGUGAACUGAAUGCCGAUAACUGAACGGCCUGAAAACCGAAUGCGUUGAGCGCCGCAUUGGCGGAAAACAAAAUCUCAUGAAUUUAGAAUAGGAACUGUAGUAUUUAAGAAAGUAGUAAAAUGUAUCUGUAAUAUAGAAUAACUAUUAUAAUUAUAAAUUUAUAAAAUGAAAAAUAUGUUUAGCUAUUUA